CAGCAGGAGUGAUCUAACCUUCUACACCCUGAUAUUGCCGUGUUCACAACCGAGUGAGCAAAUAAAAGAACAGACAUUCACCGCUAGCUGAUUUUAAAGUGGAUUUCUGUGAGCAGGACCACUGAAAGCCAGCCAUGGAAGAACUUACGGCGUUCGUCUCGAAAUCUUUCGAUCAAAAACCCAAGGAGAGCACCAAGGAGAGUAUUACGUACAGGGAAGUUUUGGAGAGUGGCUUGUCGAGAGCCAGGGAGCUGGGAAACUCGGAGACAAACCUCCAGGACAUUACUGAAACAAGCAACCACUGUCCGGUGCAUCUAUUCAAGGACCACGUAGAGCUUGAAAAAGAAAAACUGAAGGAGUUUAAUGUUACAAGGGCUUCAGAAGGGAUCUAUGAAUGCAAAGAGAAGAAAGAGGACGUCAAAUCCGAGGACGAGGACGCACAAGGCAAACUGAAGCAGAGACGGAGCAGGACGAAUUUUACGUUGGAGCAACUGAACGAGCUGGAGAGGCUAUUUGAUGAGACGCACUACCCGGACGCGUUCAUGAGAGAGGAGCUGAGCCAGAGACUCGGCCUGUCGGAGGCCCGUGUGCAGGUGUGGUUUCAAAACAGACGAGCCAAGUGUCGAAAACAAGAGAAUCAGAUGCACAAAGGCGUUAUUUUGGGGACGGCGAGUCACUUGGAAGCCUGCAGAGUCGCGCCAUAUGUCAACAUGGGGGCCCUAAGGAUGCCAUUCCAGCAGGUCCAGGCUCAGCUCCAGUUGGAGGGCGUCGCCCACUCCCAUCCCCACCUCCACCCGCACCUGGCGGCGCACGCCCCUUACCUGAUGUUCCCGCCUCCACCCUUCGGACUACCAAUCGCGUCGCUGGCAGACUCGGCCUCGGCGGCUGCGGCGGUGGCGGCCGCCAAGAGCAACAGCAAGAACUCCAGCAUCGCCGACCUCCGACUCAAGGCAGGACUUCUUGGAGGCCAGUGGCUCAACCCUUUCCAGUCUCACAUCACAACCCCAGGACCGUACAAACAUCUCUGGAUGUCUGUCUGAACAAACCUGCAUUUAAGAGAAGACUUUUUUCUUUUUUUUUUUUUUAACAAAAAAUCAAAGUGAAACAGAAAAAAAAAAAAAAACUGGGGGCAAAGAGAAACAAAAUGAAAAGAAUGAAACAAGCGCGGGGGGGGCAACAGAGCUUGAGCUUUUGAGCCAGAAAGUGUAUGUAAUGGCAAGACUCGGGAGCGCGGGGAUGCCCUCACGUUACAAAAAACACACACACACACACACACACACAUGCACAGAUAUACACACACACAAACACACACACACAGAAUGGUCUC